GAGAGUAAGACUACAGUGAAUUAAGGCUGUGACGUUUGACUUUAAUGCCCGACAGCUGGGUUGGUUACGGGACUGCAGGGCGCCGCUGAGGUCGUGCUUUAGGCGGACGCGCGCUGGCACGAUGCAGAAGGAGCGCAGGAAGCUCUACGGCUCCGUGGAGGACGCGCGCAGAACAGAUGAAGACAGCAUUGUGUCCAUGGCAGACUCCACCAUCACUGUGGACGAUAUCGAAGGAGAGCUGUUCAAAAUCGAGAGGAUACGAGAUGUGCUUGUGCGGAGAGAGUCUGAGCUGAGAUACAUGAUGGAUGAUAUUCAACUAUGUAAAGAGAUCACAAGGCUUAAAAAAGAACUGCAGAAAUUGGUGUCGAUUCCAGAUAGAGACAAGUCCAGUGAAGACCGGCAGCGUGAGGAUGAGCUUUUGCAGCAGAUCCAUAAACUGGUGGAGACUCGGGACUUCCUGGUGGAUGAUGUGGAGUUCGAAAGACUGAGGGAGCAAGAGGAGGACAAAGAGAUGGCGGAGUUCUUACGUGCAAAAUUUCCAACAAGCGCUACCAAGAAAAGCUCCACUCAGAAGAAAAGAAUGACCUCUAGGGCCCAGCAGGUCUCCUCUCCACAAGUGACCAAGGCUGGCCUUACUCUGCUUAAAGAAUGCUGUGGUUUUACCUGUUCUGUCAUGUAGAAUAAGAGAUAAUGAGAAUGACUAAGAAUGAGAUAAAAAUAAAUAAAUAAAUAAAAUAUGGUGACACUUUGCAAGGGACUAAGAAAGAGGUAUCUGUAGACAAGAGGCUUUUUACACAAGAAGAUAUUUUAUGAGGUACUGAGGACCGGUCUCAUUAUUGAUGUGCAAAUUUAGGAAGUAAUUUUUAAAUAAAUAACAAGAUAAACUUUAUGCAAUGUGGUGCGGGUGAAAUUAUUGUAAUUAUGAAUAGUUUCGUGUCUGUCUUGUUCCCGCUAAGGAAGUGUACAAAGAUUAAAACCGUUUAGUAAUUGAUCAUUUAAAUUUAUAUCACCCCCCCCCCCCUUUCGUUGUCUAAGUUGCAUCAGCUGUUUACUCUAUUAUGUUUGUCAGUGCAUGCUUGGUGUAGAACCUGAAUACAGCUCUAGUUCACUUCAGUGUACAUGACUGACAUGCCGGUGUGCCUGAGAGACUACAGAAAGAGAUUACAUUACACACUAACCGGGCUGAAUAAAAACAAAUAGAUAGAUGGACUCCACACUAAGGAGGAGUAAACAGAACCAAGAACAACAGCUAACCAGGGUUUGAUUGUAUUUGUGUGCCGUUAUUUGCUACAUGCCUGAAGUUCAAGUCCAGGUCACAUCCAUGCUGAAAAAACGAUAAGUUGUUUAUAAUUCACUGUAAUAGGCUAAACGAUCCAUAUUUUGAAUAAAAUGUUCUGUACAGAUGUAAUUAAAAAAGCAGGCUGAAUUAAAUAUGUGAAACAUUUGCUUUGCUUGUGGCUGAGUAGUUUCAACUUUUCGUCAUGUUUAUAUGUGAAGUGUGCUCUCUUUUAGCUGCAACAUCUUUAACUCCGUUAACAGUUUGUAAAGUUUGAUGUUCAUGUAAAUGUCACUAAAUGAAAUUUUAAAUAAACUAAACAAAUGAGUCUUGCA